UUUCCUUCCCAUAAUCAGGGAUGGGAGUUCACUGAUUUUGCUACUGCUUUUACCAUCGCUAUCGCUUACGUUUUCUUUGUCUUUGUUGGAUUGCUCAUUAUGAGUAUGGGAAUCCCCGCAAUUGACCCGUACCCGCUCAUGUUUGUCUACAACCUUUCCCAGAUUAUGCUGUGUGCUUACAUGACCAUUGAAGCCGGUCUUCUUGCUUAUCGCAACGACUACACAUUUUGGCCGUGCAAUGAUUGCGACUUUGAAAAUCCGCCUCUCGCCAAUCUCCAAUGGCUCUUUUACGUUUCCAAAAUUUGGGAUUUUUGGGACACCAUAUUUAUUGUUCUCGGGAAGAAAUGGCGUCAACUUUCCUUCCUGCACGUCUACCACCAUACCACCGUCUUUCUUUUCUGCUGGUUGAAUACACAUUUAAACUUCGACGGUGAUAUCUUUCUUACCAUUUUCUUGAACACUUUCGUCCACACUGUGAUGUACACGUACUACUUCAUUUGCAUGCACACCAAGAUCCCCGAGACCGGCAAAUCCUUGCCCAUUUGGUGGAAGUCUAGUUUGACCAGCAUGCAGUUGGUGCAAUUCAUCACGAUGAUGACGCAUGCUAUCAUGGUCUUGCAUAAAGGCUGUGCUGCUCCCCAUAGCCGGGUGGGGAUAUCAUACUUGGUUUACAUUUUUUCGCUCUUUGUUUUGUUCGCCCAGUUCUUUGUCAGCUCGUACCUCAAGCCGAAGAAGAAAAAGACGGCAUGAGCGAAACGUAGGCUUUAAAAUAAGUACGCCAACGUUAAGAUUGCG